CAUGGUGUGUAUCGGUGUCGUGCUGCUGCGCUGGACUCCAGUUAUAUGGAUCACACUCCUCACACACUCCGUAGUGUGUCUUCUUCCUGCCCCAGUAGACGUCUCUGUUACGUCGCUCAAUCUGGAACACACACUCACCUGGACGCCCGGCAGACACACACCUCCACACACACGCUACCGAGUGCAGUACAGCUCCAACAGCUCCUGGUCGAGUGUGUGGGCGUGUCAGGAGCUGUUGUCCAGCGAGUCAUGUGAUCUGACAGCGUUGCUAGGAGACCCACUGGAGACAUACAGACUCCGCCUACAGGCCUUUAACCCCGCCCACAACCCACACCAUCAGGACCAAUCAACAUGGAGUCAAGCCAAGCCCUUCUGCCCAGUCACAGACACAGUGUUUGGGCCUCCUCUGCUUGAGGUGUCUGGUUGCGGCGCUUGUCUGCGGCUGCACAUACGGCCUCCGGCCAGCAGGUGGCAGCAUCUUCAGGAGAACAGCAGCAGCAGCAGCAGCCACCGCCCCCUACUCUUCUACUACAGCAAGCUGCAGGCCCAACUCACACGCACCAGGGACAACUCACAGUUCUCGGUGGCGGUGCAGUCAGGAGAGAACGUGAUUGGCUACCUGGAGCCGGGAGCGGAAUACUGUGUCACGGUAGUCACGGUUACCCACUUCGGAAGCCACGCCCUCCCAUCACAAGCCCACUGUACACACACCAGCCCCACACCCAUCAACACAGUUCCGGAAAGCAAGCCUUUCGUGUCGCACAGUGUGAGCAUUCUCUCCACAUCUGACCAUCGGCUCGUAAAGUGUGAGGACGUGAGUCUCAUCUUUGCCAUGAACUAG